AUGGGAGCCGAAUCCAAAGAGAAUCUGCUGCAGCAUGACCUCGAGUCCGGCGUCGCAUCACCGUCGUCAUCCAAUCGCACUGCCUCGUUCUGCCUACCACCACUGGCACUGCUUCGACGCAAGAAGCUUCUCGUGGUACUCUUGCUUUUGCCCACAGUCUAUUUCCUGCUUCUCUAUAACGGAACUGCCAGCUCACCCUUCGACACGCAGGCGGGCACACGCAUGCUCGAUGCGCUGCACAACGCAUCGCCCGCCAUUAACGAGCUUGUGGGCAAGUUCCCCGGAGUUGCACCAGCUCACCACUACGACGAUGCACACAUCGACAAAGAUGGACACCUGCACAACGCUUUGCUCGACACGAUGCAUGUGGAAGGCACUACCGAGCUGACGGCUCUCAAGAACAAGCUCGAACAUGAUCCGGCCACGGCGGGGGCGUUAACGAGCAGUAACAAGGGCGUGGAUCUGGCGCUGCAGCUCAACGAGAUGUCCAAGUUCGAUGCGCGCGACGAAAGCGUGUUGCUGCUGCUGCUCGCACUGCAGAUGAAGGAUUACAAAGUAGGAGACGACUGGCAGGAAGUGUACUUUGAUCGUACGCCUCUAGCACAGGGAGUGUUUGCCCAGCUCAACUCGGGUCCGGAUAACAAGUUCACGCAGCUGCUCGCCAAAGUGGGUCUACCCAAGAACGCCAUCUCGCCCGAGUUCUCGAUCCUCAACGACGCACACCAAGUCUACCUGCUUUCGCGCAAGGAUUGGGUGAGCAAGGUGCGCCCUUCGCUCGGCCUGACCGUGUUCAGCAAGAGCUACUGUCCCUACAGCAAAAAGGCAAAGACGCUGCUCACCUCGCUGAACGCCUCGUAUACCGUGUACGAGGUGGACACAAGGCCAGAUGCACAAGAGCUGCAAGCGCUGCUGGCCAAGCUGACGGGACAUACGACGUUCCCGACUGUGCUUGCGAGGGAUCGGCUGUUGGGCGGCAACGACGAUGUGCAGGAUCUGCAUUCGAUUCAUGCGUUGAAGAGCAUCCUCGAGUCGGUGGGUGCCUUGUAG